AUGAACUCCUUCAGAUAUCUUCGGCCAAUUGCCUCGCGCCUGCAGGCCCCGACGCUUCCCAGAAUGGCUCGCGGGUAUGCCAGCGGUUCAUACGAAUACAUCCAGGUUUCUACGCCCAAACCCGGCGUUGGACAAGUGACACUGAACCGGCCCAAAGCUCUGAAUGCUCUCUGCACCCCUCUCAUCCAUGAGCUCAACGACGCUCUGAGGGCGUUCAACGAGUCGGAUGACACUUCUGUCAUUAUCCUCACCGGCUCUCAAAAGGCCUUUGCUGCUGGUGCUGACAUCAAGGAGAUGGCCCCCCUAACCUUUUCUGAGGCAUACACCAAGUCCUUCAUCGAGUCCUGGUCACUCCUCACGACACAAGUCAAGAAGCCCAUCAUUGCGGCUGUUUCAGGCCAUGCGCUCGGUGGAGGUUGUGAGCUGUCCAUGAUGUGCGACAUUCUGUAUUGCACCGAAAAUGCCAACUUUGGUCAGCCUGAGAUCAAGCUCGGCACCAUUCCCGGUGCUGGAGGUAGUCAAAGACUGACACGUGCCAUUGGAAAGUCCAAGGCCAUGGAACUGAUUCUGACUGGCAAGUCGUUCACCGGCACCGAAGCCGCGCAGUGGGGACUUGCAGCAAAGGCGUUCCCUUCGUAUGAAGUACUCAUGGAGGAGACGCUGAAGACGGCUGAGACGAUUGCUAGCUACUCUCGUGUGGCUAUCAACGCAUGCAAGGAGGUUGUAAACAAGAGCCAAGACCUGCCGCUACGGGACGGCGUUGAGUUUGAGAGGAGGGUGUUCCACAGCUUGUUUGGAAGCAAUGAUCAAAAGGUUGGCAUGAAGGCAUUUGCAGAGAAGAAGAAGGCGGAGUGGACUCACUCCUGA